CGCGACUACCAGAGGUCGCCGGUUAAAAAUGUCAAACAUCCACUGUUCCGAUUCGUAGUAAGCUGUGCAUUAUUAUAAUCAGUGACAUUGUGUUCUUUUUAACACUCAAAUCAGUGUUAUUGUCCCUUGAUAUUAAUUAAAUAGUACGUGAAUACGCCCCGAAACCAUGGGAAUUACUCAUCUCAUCUUUCUAUCUUUCCUCUGUUUAGCACUUGGAGAUGACAAAAUAAUUCCAGUCCCUGGACCUGUAAUAAGUUCCUCUACAAGUGGUUCAGGAACCCCAGUUACGAACAAAACUAUCGUACCACCAAUAACCAUCACCGUAACACCAACCACUGCUCCCACCAGCACAUUUCCACCCCAACCACCAAACACCACCACCACCACCACCACCACGUCCAAACCAACAACCACUCCUACAACUGCAAAACCAACAACUACUUCCACUUCCAAACCAACCACAGCUUCAACCACUACCGCCAAACCAACCACCCCAACACCCGUUAACCCAGUUGGUAAAUGGACAGUCAACUACACCAACACCGACAAAAUCUGUCUAGUCCUUGAAGCCGCCCUCGAAAUCGAUCUUCACUACAAAGUGAAUAAUGCGAGUAAAACUUUCCCGAUCAAGAUCACAUCAGAGGCGAAAUCGCGAGGCGCUUGUGGAAAAACCAUGGAAAAUAUUACUUUGAUUUUCGGGCCAGCCAAUACGAUUAACUUCAGUUUUAAGAAGAGUAAUGAUAGUAAAAAGUAUGAUCUUCAAUCGGUUAUUGUCAUGUUGAAUGUCACUAUUCCGGGAUUAAAUAACACAAUCUACGUUUUGGCACAUGCCAAAGAUGAGUUCUCCACGCCUGUUAGCAACUCCUACAAGUGUGCCAAAGAACAGGCGUUGAAUUUGACGUCGGUGCCCAAUGGAAAGGACUUCGGAGGCGAAUUGAGGAUCAGUCAGCUGCAAGUUCAAGCCUUUAAGAACAGCACCAGCACCAAGUUUGAUGAAGCUCUGGAUUGCCAGGGGUCUGAAACCCCCGACGUGGUCCCAAUCGCAGUAGGUUGUGCCCUCGCCGCAUUGGUCAUCAUCGUACUCAUCGCCUACUUGAUCGGAAGAAGACGAUCGCAAGCACGCGGUUAUCUCUCCAUGUGAGUUAUAAUUAAAACACUCCACCGCUGCUUAUGUACGACGGGUCAGUGUACUCAAUUAAGUUUUUUUUGUACGUGUUUUCUUUGCUUUUAAAUUAGUAUCCGUCUCGUUUUGUGUCAUUCUUCUAAGUUUGAAGUCGGUUUGUUUAAAUUGGAUUCCUACAUUAUGUGUAAGUUAAUGUCAAUCAAUAGGUCCUGUUUUCUCAAACUGUAGAAGUUUUUUUAUUUAAUUAUAUUAGUAAUACCAAAUUCCAGAUUUAGGUAAGUGAAGAUUUGGUAUGGCUGAAAAAUGUAUAGGCUGUGACAGCGAAUUAAAAAAUGUAAUGUUGCAAUGUGCAAACGUUAAUAAAUUUUCUGGGAUAA